AAGGCAAUAAACGAGAUUAAGAUUAAGGAUAUGAAAUCAACAAAAUUUUUAUCUCAUGUCCUGAUUUUUUUGUUUGAUUGCUUCAAAUCUCUGGUAUUCAUCAGAUUUGAAUUGAUUAUAAUGAUAAAUACAUUGUAUUAUAUUGAGUUGAUGGAUAUCAACAAUUUACUCAUUCUCAUGUGAAUGAUAAAAUAGAGGGAGAGAGAAACUAAAUCGUAAUGAUAAUCAACAAGAAAUGAUUAAGUUACUGUCAAUCGAUAAAAUCAAUUGUUAUAAUUCACAUAAAUCAAAUUAAGUUUUUUGAUUGUUUCUUAAAAAUUGUCAACAUAUCAAAAACUUUUCAAUAUUAUCACGAUAUUUUUAUGAUAGUAUCUCAUUGAUAAUUAUUAUUACAAUAAUUAGAUGACAAUCAAAUUAAAAUGAAUCAAAGAGAAUUCAUAUUAUUGUCAAAUGACAACAUUGUAAUAUAAAAACAAGUUAUACUUUGUAUAAAUUGCUCUAGAUUAUCAACUGAAAAAGUAUAAGGUUAUACAAUCGCUAUGAAUUAUUAUCAUCAUGUUAUCGUCAUCAUCGUGAAUAAGGAUCGCAAUUGGAUUGGCAAUAAAAAAAGUAAUGAAGGACAAUCUAUUUUUAGAUGUUCACAAAAUAUACUGGACAGUGGUCACUUUAAAGAUGAAGAUGGAAAUGAUGAUGAUGAUGAUAAACAAUGGGAAGUUAAUGUAAAAACGAGAGGAAACCUUUUCAAAUGAUUUCAAUUAAAUUGAUGCUCUCGACACACCGAAUAGUAUUAUUAACAACAAUCUAAUGUAAUUAAAUUACUCGAAAGGGAUAUUAUUGUAACUCUUAUACAAUUAUCAUUAUUAAAUUGUGUAAGUUGAUUGUUAAAACCUUUUGUAAAUCUAUUUAAACCAUAUUGCCCACAGAAAGUUACUGAUUUAAGUGGAUUAAGUAGGAAAACCAUCAGAAUUUGUUUAUUAUAAAACCAAUGAUGAUAAAUGAACAAUUAUCAUCAUGAUUAUUGUCAAUUUGAUGACUACAAGUGAAACUAUAUUCAUUUGGUAGUAAUAAUCAACCAUUCAAUUGAUUGUAACUGGGUUAAAGUUAAUUUUUACAUGUGAAACGAGCAGAGUUUAGGAAAUUAGAGUGAAAAUCAUCAUUUUCAAUUCAUUUCUUUGUAAAUCUUAAUGUGUUUGGAUUAAUUGUGAUUGUGAACUAUUUUGUUAUGGAUUUUGUAUCAAUAUGCUGGUUUACCGAUUGUUUAUUAAUCGCAAUAGAUUAAAUUUAAUUCUAAUUGUAUUGAUUAGUAGUUUAACAAUUAGAAUGGAAAGUAAAUCAGUUUCUCGAGGUAAAAUUCGUAAAUAUAAUUCACCUCGAAUUAUUCAUCAUACAAGUUCCAAGUCUAAAGAUUAUUAUGAUCACCCAGACGGAGCUAAUAUAUUGAAAGCAUCACAUUUUGAUAGUGAAUUUUUUCUUGGACAUAAGAUUAAGUUAAUCUGUAUGGCGAGAGGAGAUCCAAUCCCAAGGAUAACUUGGUUCAAGGAUGGAAUCGAGAUUAUAUUUCAUCCAUUUCUACAGGUAUCUGAAUGGCGAGUUGGAGAUAAUCAAAUUACAAGUAAACUCGAAAUUGAUCCAGCUCGACAAAUGGAUUCAGGAAAUUAUAUGUGUCAAGCCAAUAAUAAAUAUGCAAUUGAUCAGAGACAUUUUAAAACUGAUUUCUAAUUAGAUCAACAGACUAUCGCAAUUAAAACUGAUUUCUCAACAAUAAAUUAAACUGUUUCCAUUUAAUUGACUGAUGAUUUGUACUUCAACAAUUGAA